AUGUAUGACCUUGAAAGGAUUAUCAUCAUUGGAGGAGGGCCAACCGGCCUCGCAGCAGCCAUUCGCUUAGCUCAAAACAACAAGCUAAGCCCGGUCAUUUAUGAGCUUCGCAAUCCAGGAACUGCAAGUCUAGGUGGCUCGCUGGGAGUUCCCGCCAAUGGUGUACGAAUCCUGCACCGUCUGGGUCUCUGGGAUAGCAUCCUUCCGCGCAGUGUCGAUAUCACAAAAAACGUCGUACACUCCACAUCUGGCAGUGUUUUGAACGAAGUUGAUGUCGCUUCAGAGGCAAAGACCCAGACAGGCUUCGGUUAUCUUCGCAUUAACCGCGUGGAUUUGGUCCAGUGUUUGCGCGAUGCUACGCAAGAAUACGAUAUCCCGAUUCACUAUGACAAAGAGAUCCAAUCCAUCGACGAUCUCGGGGAUUCCGUCACGGUCGCCUUUACUGAUGGCACUAGUGAUACUGGCUCUCUCCUACUGGGCUGCGAUGGAAUCCACUCCUCGGUACGCAGAAUACACGUCGAUGCAGAGAUUGCGCCAGAGUAUUCAGGAAUCUCCGCGAUAUCUUCCAUUGUCGACGACGUGACAAAUCGAGAUCCUAAGGACACAACCUCUUUACAUUCGACACUCACACCGCAUGGUAUGCUGGCGACUGCGCCAUGUGCUGCCAAUCAGAUCUUCUGGUUCUUCAGCAAGGAGGUGCCUUUGCCUCAAGGAUCGAGCUCAGCGGACGUUCGUGAUGGCUGGAUGCUUCACCGCCAGAACGAACUGGCCGACUGUCGAAACUCACUGUCCAACGUUCUAGAUUGUGUACAGGGGAAGUGGGGAAAAUAUUUGCGGCAGCUUGUGGACGCAAGUCAGGACGUACAUUUUUAUCCACAUUAUCGCAUACCUCUCGGUGGUCGGUGGUUUGUUUCCUCGGAUAACCCACAGGGAUCGCCGCGGGUCUUGUUGCUCGGAGAUGCCGCGCAUGCCGUGCAACCUCAUGCUGGACAAGGUGUGGCCUUGGCACUGGAAGAUGUGGUCCUUCUAUCUGGACUGCUGGUCCAGUACCAAGAUGGUGACCACGCAAGCCUGCAGGGGGUAUUUGACCGGUUCAAUCAAAUUCGUCGUCCGCGUAUACAGCGCAUUAACGAGGUUGCAAUGCGUAAUGGAAGGAUGCGUCGUAAUCAGUCACCGUGGGCAGUAUGGUGCAAGGAGUGGUACAUGUGGACUAUGCUACGUAUCAAUCGGUUUUGGGGCAUGUCUAUGUCGGGUGUAUUGAAUGGGGAUGUCCUGUAUGACGUUGAGAAGGAGCUAAAGCAGGUAAAACCGAUAGAGUUGAACUAG